UUGGUUUGUAGCGACGCCGCGAAGUGAAAUCCACAAACGAACUGUUGUAAAAAAGUGAAAGCUGUUUGUGAUUUCUUUGCCCGGAAGUGCAAAGCCAAAGCGGAAAAAUAUAAAUAAUUAAGCAUCAGAGUUUGCGCGCUCUUGAAAACGUUUAAUGUUUUAUACCGUUAUAUUUUUUAGCGUACUCGUUUUACUCUUUCUUCUGUGGGAUGUUAAGAAACCCCCAAAGUUUCCACCUGGACCAAAAUGGUAUCCAAUUGUCGGUUGCGCCCUGCAGAUCUCCGAAUUAAGAUUAAAAUGUGGAAUGUUUUGCAAAGUUGUUGACGAAUUAGCCAAGUACUAUAUAAAUCCGUAUGGAUUAUAUGGUCUAAAGAUCGGCAGGGACAAAGUUGUGAUUGCAUAUUAUAGUGAUACCAUAAACGAGAUGAUGACUAACGAGGAUCUAGAUGGCAAACCCGAUGGUAUAUUCUAUAGAAUGAGAACAUUUAAUUCGAAGAAAGGCAUAUUGGUGACGGACGAGGACUUAUGGGUGGAUCAACGUCGUUUCAUAUUGCGACAUCUUAAAGACUUCGGUUUUUCGCGUGCUGGAAUGGUGAAUAUUAUUCAACAUGAAGCCUCGUUUUUGUUGGAAGAAUUGAGGGAAAUCGUUAGCGAACAGGGUGGUAAACAAGCCGAAGUCUCCAUGCAUGAUUUGUUCAAAGUGAAUGUAUUAAAUACACUGUGGUCCAUGAUGGCUAGUAAACGCUACGACCGCAAAAGUGAAGAAAUAACCGAUCUACUGACCAUGUUUUUUGAACUAUUUCAAAACGUGGACAUGGUAGGGGCGCUGUUCAGUCAUUUCCCAUUUAUUAGGUUUAUCGCACCAAAUUAUUCGGGCUACAAUGCAUUCGUAGAAAGCCAUCAACGGAUUUAUACAUUUUUACGUAGAGAAGUUGAAAAUCACCGCAAAACAUACGGAAACUAUGACAUGCCUCGCGAUUUGAUGGACAGUUAUUUGCGUGAAUUCGACAAUCCCAAACGAGGCGAAUUUUUCAGUGAAGAGCAACUACUAGCUGUGUGCCUUGAUAUGUUCUUAGCCGGCUCGGAAACCACCAACAAAAGUUUGGGUUUCGCCUUUUUACAUAUGGUCCGCAAUCCAGAAAUACAAGAAAAGGCUUUUGCAGAAAUAAAGGAAAUAAUUGGCGUUGAUCGUUUACCGGAAUGGGGUGAUCGAGCAAAAUUACCAUAUUGUGAAUCUAUCGUUUUGGAAGCUGUACGUAUGUUUAUGGGUAAUACCUUUGGUAUCCCUCAUCGAGCACUGCGUGACACACGACUGAGCGGCUUCACUAUUCCGAAGGAUACUAUGGUAAUCGCUUGUUUUCGAGGUAUGCUGAUGAAUUCGCAUGAUUUCCCUAACCCAAGUAAGUUUGACCCAGAACGUUAUUUAAUGGAUGGUAAAUUAAAAAUCCCGGAGGCCUACAAUCCUUUUGGAUUCGGACGACACCGUUGCAUGGGUGACAUACUGGGUAGGCAGAACCUGUUUGUGUUCAUAACGACGGUCCUUCAACACUUUCGCUUUCUGCCACUACAGGGAGAAAUGCCUGAUGAUGAGCCCUUAGAUGGGGCAACAGCUGCAGUGAAACCCUUUAGAGCUUAUAUUGUCCCUAGACAACAUGACUAAAACUAUGUUAACACCCUUUACAUAUACAUAUG